UAGUGAACCUUUGACACUCGUUUUAGCACAAGUAGGUGUCUUAAUUUCGUGCUCCAAAAUUUUAGCUAGCUUACAAUGCAAAAUUCACCAUUCUAAAGAUUUGCUUGACUGGAUAAGUUUGAGAGGUUAUAAGAUUCGAAAACAUCAUAAAAUAGAUUUAUUGCAAAAACAUACUACUGAUAAACCCCCGAAUUCGAUAUGCAUG